GGCACCACUAGAAAGAUAAUCUUCAUAAACAGGCAGGAUGGAAAGUAGAGGUCUCAUCACCAUCUGUGUUCUCCUCGUCUCUGCAUCUCUAAUAGAAGGUACUGCAUAGAGAGAUUAUAGAAUAUAUAUAAUGUAUGCAUUUAUAGCAACAACUCAUUUUUACAUUGAUUUUAUUUCUUUUUCUUUUUCAUCAGGAAUGGCCGCCCCACAUCGUGGCAGGCGAUGCCUGUGCUCGCAAUCCACUACAAACCUAAAUAUUAAAACUGUGUCAAAAAUGGAAAUAUUUCCAGUAAGCUCCACGUGUGAAAAAAUCGAAGUUGUGUAAGUAGUACUUUAUGUUUGGGGUCAACUGUUACUUUAAAACAGAGCUAUUUAACAUUAGUUGAGAUUGUUUAGUUGGGUUAGUUUAAUUAAUCAGAAUGGGAUCUAUUAACUAAACACUAAAUCUGCUUUUACACGUUUGCUUUUAGCUCAAGUCUCCUGCAUUCGGUUGUUAAAAUUCCUCUGGCAUUCACUGUAUUAGCUAAGAACCAAAUGGUAACCAAAUUGAGCUGAAUUUAUCCCUGCAAUUUUACAUGGAUGUCAUUGCUACAGUGAGAUUCAAUUCAAAUAGGAGUGCAGUGCUAAGAUAAUUUAAGUACAACUUAUGCCUCACAGUUAUAGGGGAUUUUUCUCCACAUACAUGAAAUGAAAACAAAUGAUACAAAAUAGUGUGAUAUUGUAAACAAAUUGUAACAAAUGCGAGUUUUAUGUGCACACAUUAUUCACUUUGAAUUUAGAAUUUGUUAACAAUAUCACACUAUUUUGUAUCAUUUGUUUUCAUUUCAUGUAUCCCCUAUAGGGGUAGGUUGAAUAUAAAUUAUCUUAGCGCUGCACUCUUACUUAUAUGUUUUAGGUGGUAGGGAGGAUCAGCUAAACAUUAACGUUUUUGUUUUUUUGUUGGUUUAUUAUAUUUAUGGAUUCUUUUAGGAUAACCACAGAGUGUUUACACAGCUGCUUUUUAACACACUUAUUGUAUCAUUACCAUUAAGCGCCUUAUUUACUCUCUGAAGUUGUAUCACUUUUGUAUUUUCAUUUGAAAAUCGGUCAACCGAAUUGCAACAGAAUUCAAACUGACUUAUAGCUAAAUUGUUACUGAUAUUCUCUGCUACAAGUAAUAAAUAAUAUACCACUAAUGUAAAAGUCAGGUUUGUGGGAGGAUAAGGAUAUAUGGUGGGGGUAUCUUGAGUGUUAAGGAUGAUUUGGGGUAGCAUUAGGGAGAUUUAGUAUUAGGGUAAUUUUGGUGCAAUUACCAGGUCUGUAUCAGGGGAAUUGUAACAAACAAAUCAAGUUAUUUAUGAACAGACAAAUAACUCAUAUUAUACGAAAAUCAACAGCUGAGCUGUACCUGAAUGGAAGUGCAAAUUUAGUUUAAAUAUCCAAUGUUGUUAAAAGCUGAAUGGGUUAAAACAAAAACAUUUUGACAACCAAACUCCAUGUGUCUGCUGACUGGUUGCCAUUCGGAGUUUGAUGAAUAUACCUCUGAAUAUUAAAUAUGGAUUGUAAAUACAUGAUUAUUUUUUGACAUACUAGUCGAUUUCUGACAUUUUAGACAAAGGCUUUAUUUCUGGGGGGGGUUUUGUAAGCAAUAACAAAAUAACUAUGGCUGAUGCUAACAUAAGAAAGUUUAGAUCCACAUCAAAUUGUAUUGAAUUGUGGUUUUCCUUACCUUUUGUUAUUUCAGAGUUACUAUAAAAAAGUCAAAGAAAACAAUAUGCAUCUCUCCAAAUAUAAAGUUGGUGAAUGAAGUAAUUUCUGGAAAUACAAGGUGGGUAAUUUUUACUUGAUAUGGGGUGAACGAUGGGAUAAUCAAUAACAAACUGGAUUUUUGCUAUUGAAAGUAUGUCAUCCUGAUUAUAUUUAGAUGUUGUGCUAUAUCAUUUGUUCAUGAUGAAAAUAAUAACAUAGCAUAGUGAGACAUUGCAGAACACUGGGGUCAUUUAACCCCUUAAGGACCAAACGUCUGGAAAAAAAGGGAAUCAUGACAUGUCACGCAUGUCAUGUGUCCUUAAGGGGUUAAAGAGAAGGAUCCCCCCAUCAGAGAAGCCUAUUGGUCGAUUGCUUCCUUUGGUUAAUAUUUUACCCUCUCCAUAUUUCCUAACCUUAACCGUUCUCCUUAUUUCCUAAGCCUACUCCAUGUCUGUUCCCUAACUGCUACUACACCCCCUCUAUUAUAUAACCAUUUUGUAUUUCCCGAAAUACAUGUUUAAAGCCUUCCUAAGCCUUAGCUCUUCUCUGAUGUCUUAGCAACUCAUAUGACAUCGGGGAUAUAUAAGGAUGUAGAAGAAGAGCUUACUUAGUAAUUCCUACAUGUUUUGAAUGUAUGACAUUAACAGUGCAAUAUCACAGUUUAAUUGUAAAAAUAAAAUUACCGUAAUUAAUCCGCUGAAAAAUCUAGGUCUUAUGGAUUGCGGGAGAAAAGGGGGCUUAUGGUUAAAAGAACAAGAAAACACAAAAUUAUUCACGUGGAAACAUGAACAAAACAUGUAUAAAUACAUAUAACUAAAAUUGAUAACUAAUGUUCUGUAUAAUAUUUUUACAGAAAUGUGAAAAAUGUUAAAAUUCUCAACCACCUCAAAAAGUAAACAAGAUGAAGGAGAAAACGUCUGUAUCAUAGGAAUGAUACUGUUAGAAGCUGCCCGAAGGAAAUUUUACAGAGAAUUCUGCAACACAAAUAGUUAAAUUAUGCAAAAAUGUAAAUCUGUAUACUUUUGUUUAACUUAUUCAUUUUAUAGAAAACAAACAAGCUCACGCAGUGACGAAUGUAACUGCAGUCUGUAACGUUCACAAAAUGUAUAUAACUGGGACAGAAUUAAUUGUAUAAAAAUAGAAUAUAACUCACUAGUGAGAAAUGUUGUUUUAGUCAGUCAAACAAAUGCUAGGGUACAGUUACGACCUUUGUUUGUAAUCUAGGCUUGAAACCAGGCCUAGAUUAAGCUUCUAGUCAUUUACUCAUUGUAAAAAUGUACAUACUGUACUGUAUGCCUUUUAAAUUAAGAUAUUUGAAACUGUUUAUAUGUUCUCUG